AUGAAGCUCGUCAGGUUUCUUAUGAAAUGCCAGAAUGAGACGGUCACGGUCGAGCUGAAGAAUGGCACUAUCGUCAACGGUACCAUUACCUCUGUUUCGCCGCUCAUGAACGUCGCACUUCGAGCAGUCAAGUACACCCCCAAGUCUCGAGACACCGUAGCGCUCGACACGAUGACUGUGCGUGGCUCAACUAUCCGCUACAUAAUCUUACCCGACUCAUUACCGCUCGAUACACUACUCAUUGAUGACGCACCAAAGCCGAAGAACAAGGCGAGGAAGGAAGUCGGUGGUGCUGACCGCGGCGGUCGAGGUGGAGGUCGAGGAGGUGGCCGAGGCCGCGGUGGCGGUGGUGGUCGCGGACGAGGAGGUGGUGGCAGGGGACGUGGACGCGGUUUCUAG